AUGGCCACAAAAGAUGAGGUCAGAUCCGAGUACCAGGAAGUCAAACGCCCUCUGCGAGUUCCACCAAGAACGAGGGCACAAAACCAAAGACUGCAUUGCCCUAAGGCAGGAGAUACCGGUGUGAGAUGCAUUAUGAGAGACGAUAGGAGCGGCGUAUGCAUUAUCCAUCCUCGAGUACUUGCACAAAUGAAACUCGAAGACAAGAUACUGUCAUGUUGCAUCUCGCUAACUGGUUUUAGCAAUGCGGUCGAGCGAAUAUCUGGUGAAAUCACACUCCCCGUUCUGACCGGUGGCGUUACUCUAGAAACCAUGUUUCACAUCAUGGACCAAGACACAACGUACAACACCAUAAUAAGGCGACCAUGGAUACACAUCAUGAGGGUCAUCCCAUCCAUCUUAUAUCAGGUCAUCAAGUUCCCGACUCUAUGGGGAAUAUUCAGCAUACGAGGAGAACAACGCGCAUCCCGGGAAUGCUACCGCAUCUCCCUAGAUAGCACAUCCACUCAAUAA